AAAUUAUAUUUUGUUUUAAACAAAUUAGAACGCGUGCGUAAACGAAAAUAUUUAUACGCGGCAUUUGUAAAAUCCUAUGCAAGUUGUAUUAACUAAACGCACCAAUGCUUUAAAGUGCAAGUGUAAACUUAAUAAGGCUAAGUUUUUGCCUGCCUUUACGGUCCAAAACAAGAAAUUCGCAAAAAGCCGUCACAACGAAACUGCAAUGCGCUGCACUCGAGUGUGAGAAAGAGGGAGAAGGAGAAACUUAGCAUAUGGAAUUAUAAAAAAUACAAAUAAGGGCAAUAAACACACAUACAAAAGGGUAUAAAGACCGCGUGCUAAACGCUCAGGCAAAAAAAAAACAGGGACAGGCAUGCAAAACAACGCUGUCACUGUCGAUAACUUAUCGACUGUUAAUCGCGCAAGGACCGCUAGCUGAAAAGUUUUGCCUUUGCCAGUGGGUGGAUAUUUAGGAUAUGUGCAUGGUGUGAAAAAAGUGCGUGUAAUUUUGUUUAUACUCGUUAAAGAAAUAGCCGCAAGGGCUCUACAUGAAAAUAUUGCAAUAAAUGCAGCUGUGACAAUCGCGGCUUUUAGGUGUACGCAAAGUAAACAAAUGGGCGACAGCAGCUAGGACAUUAUUAUGCCGUAUGGCCUUAUAGAUACGUUAGUUUUUUAUACCAACCAUUUUAGCUGAGUGCAAGUGUUAUGUGCUAAGAGCAAAUAAUUGCGCAUUCUUGUGACUCACAAUCGCUUUAACUAGGAUAUAAAAGGACUUGGAGUGUCUACCUCUCACGUGUUCAGCCGCUGUAUGUUCAGUUAGUUACGCCUUAGCUUAGCUCCCCCCAGCAUGUCUAACAACAAUCAUCCGCAUGGCCAUUUGAGUCAGGCGGCACAGAAUCCUUCAUGGAAUCCGCUGCAAAUACCAUCAUAUAUACCGCGGCAGCCACAACUGGCGCACAUGUCCAAUGAGCGAUCCAUGGUGCGGUCACCAUUGGCCUGGCAUGCGCCGUCCGGCCAACCGCCACCGCCACCAACGCCCGAUGCGCUUUAUAAUUUUAUGUCGGCCAAUCAUAAAAACCUGGAUCAUCAUCAUCAAAUGAAUUCAUUGCUGGCGUCGCCAUAUACAGCAACAUUGCCUUUUGACUCCAUGGAUUUAUCGCUGCAAUCGAGUCGUACCGCUGCGCCGGCGCUGAGCAAGUCUGGCCAACAGCAGCAGCAGCAACAACAACAGCAGCAACAUUUGCAUGUGCCGCCAACUUACCCAACGAUUCAUAAUCUGACCACAAAUGCGCCGACCACAGCUGCUGUGCCAGGACAUUUGCAGAGCAUGUCCGCUACGGCUGCAGCUGCUGCUGCCAGCAAAUAUCUCAAUGCCAAUGGUGCUAGCGGUGCAGCUGAUUGCGAAUCGCUGCUGCCGCCGCCGCCCAGUACCCCGCCUAAAAACAAUAACACCAACAGCAAUCAUAGCAAUAGUAGCGGCAGCGGCAACACAAGCAAUAGCAACAACAAUGUGCCGUCUCCACAUUAUAUGCAGUCACGUGAUGAAAAUUUCAAGUUAACGCAGCUCAAAAAUUUGCAAAACUCGCCGGAUAUGAAUAGCAAGGACUGCGGCUAUACUGGCGGUGCACAAACGGGCAAACAUGCCGCGCACAACUUGCAACAGCAGCAACAGCAACAUGCAAAGAAACCCUCGCCAUUGCGCAACUAUUCCCAACAGCAGCAGCCGCCGCCAUACAACAUGACACCAGCGGCAGCAAAUAUGAAAUACAAUGGUCCACAGACGCCGCCAACCCCACAGUCACCCUUGGACUACAACCAGCUGCAUCUGCAUCAUCAUCAUCCGCUGCAUGCUGGCUAUGCGCCGCCCACACAGCAGCAACAUAUGCAAGAACAGCAACAUAUGCUUUAUGCAGGCGCAACGCAUAGUCAUCUGUUGGCGCCUCCAGCGCCGCAUAUAAACAGCUCGCCGUAUCAGCAACAACAGCAGCAGCAGCAACAGUCGCAAUUGCAGCAGCAGCAGCAACAAGCUGCAGCGCCUCAACAAACGCACACGCCUCAAAUGCAUUCCCGCAACGCGCCAUUAACGAAUCUCGACAUGUUGCCCAAGCAGCAGCACGAGGAGGAGCCACAAACGAUUAUAACAGAUCUAUCAACAACGACUGCAUAUCGCAAUAACGCAGCACCAGCGCCGACCCCAACGCCACCAGCAGCAACAGCCGCAGCAGCAGCAGCAGCGGAUGACAAACAACUGCCAGAGGCGCCCGAAUCGCCUUACAUGACCACCUCAAACGAAGAGUCGCUGGAGUCCAAUAGCAACAGCAGCAACAGUCGCAAGCGACGCAAACGCAAAUCCAGCCAAGUGAUGCGCGUGACGCCCAGCGAACCCAUCAAGAAACAACGCACGCCCAGUCCACAAAGCAAUAGCUGCAGUCCCAAGCACUCACCCAAAAAUGGCAACGAUACUGUGGACUUUCAGCACUUUGGACUGAAGCCACAGGAGAAUGGAUGUUCAGUGACGCCGCCAGCCAUCAGCGCUGACAAUAGCAAUAGCUCCAGUGCGCUGUUCAACGAUGCAAGUAAUCCCAAGACAAAGAAGCAACGGCAGGCGCUGCUGCAACGCAAUCUCACAGAGCAGCAGCAGCAGCAUCAGCAGAUACGAGAGCAACAUGAUGAGGAGGAGCCUUUGCCGCUGACAAAUGCCAGCGCCAGCAGCGCUACGCAAAUGCCACCGCCACCCAGUCCACCAAGCAAUAGCAGCAGUAGCAGUUCCAGCAGCUCUAGUGCUGCUACACGCAGCAGUCACAGCAUGCCGGAGAGCAGCGAAGCCACGCAGAUCAAGCAACUGCCGCUGCAGCCGGAUAACAACAACAAAGUGACUGUGGCGGAUACGCCGGCAUCGCCCGCAUUAAUGGAGCAGGGCAACAUAGAUGCCAAGCCGGCGGUUAGUGUGCAUGAAGAAGAAGAGGACCAGGAGGCAACAGCGAUCAAUCAAACGCCACCACAAACGGCAACAGCAACAACACCGCCAACAACAACAACAGCAGCAGCAGCACCAGCAGUUGCUGCUGCUACCAAACCAUUAAGUGCAACUGAAGAUUGUCAGUUUAACGAGGUGGAGGACAAGCUGGAGCAAAUGUUUGCCGGCAUUGAGGAUGAGCCCGCAGAGCAAGAAACUAAUGAAACCAAAACAGCUGCCGAAGCAACACAUGACCUCAGCGCUCAGCUGGCCUUAGAUAGUGUUGCCAAGUUGGAACCCAAAUCAGCAUCAAGCACGCCACCAGCAGCAAGCACACCUACGCCUGAGGUGCGACCCAUGGCUACCAAGGCGUCCAUGAAGUCUACGAUGCCGAGUCCCAUACGCAUUGCCACGCCCACGCCGCCGCCAAUCGCUGAGGCUCCAACGGAAAUAAGCAAAGCUGCAGUUGCGCCGCCUCCGCAGCCACCGCCGGCCAGCGCUAAGCUGACAGCACGUACGCCGCCCACACGUUGCAUGCCACCGCGUCGUCUAUCCAUGGGCAUGGAUCCAUCGCUGCUGCGUUUUACCUUCCAGGAGCAACAGCCAGCAGCUAAAGCCAAAAAGAAUGCAGGCCGCAAAAAGCAGCCAGCUCCAGCUUUGGCACUAGACAGCGAGGAUGACGAUAAGCCGAGCACAUCAGCCGCUGCUGCUGCCGCCUUGGCGCGCAAACUAAGCGAAGCUGCAGCAGCAGCCAAAGCCAGCAAUGCCAAGGCCAACAAUACAAGCAAAAGCAAGAAGAAGCAAGCAGCGCCCAAAGGCAAGAAAGCAGCAGCGCCAAAGCAGAACAACAAAAAGGCAACAAACAAUCUACGUAAACCGCCCAGCACCGAUGAGGACAGCACGCCGGCGCCUACGGGCAAUGGUGGCGCCGCUGCCGAGCUGCGCUUCAAAUCCCCGUUCGUACUCAUCAAACCCGACGGCAGUCUGAGCAUUAAGAACACACACAACGCCGAAGAUCUCAAUGAGAAGCACACCAAGAAGAAGCAUACAAAGACGCCGCAUGAGCGCAAAAACCUGCGCGGCAUGCACAGCUCCACAUUAAGCAAUCGCUACGAUGCGGACACCACAGACUCCAGCUGGAUUUGUGUCUUCUGCAAGCGUGGGCCGCACAAGCUUGGUCUGGGCGAUCUGUUCGGCCCCUAUCUGAUUUCCAUCGACUGUGAGGAAUACCGCGCGGCACUGCAGCUGCCAGCGACGGGUGCGCAGGACAUUGAUAGCUUGUUCGUCAGCAAACGCAAGCGCGCCGACAUGGUCAAGCUGCAACGCAAUCUGCCCGUAGUGCCCGCCACACUGGCGCAUAUAAUGCAGGCGCCCAAAAUAAGCAUGCACAAACGCAAGCGCAAGCAAACCCACGACAGUCAGCACUCGUUCAGCGACGAUCAACACGAGUCGCAAUCGCAGUGCUCCUCGCAGGAUCCGCUGGACUGCAGUCACGAGGCGAAGUUUGCGGAAACAUUUCGCGGCAUGUCAAAGACCUCCGAGCUUGGCUACGAGAUUUGGAUGCACGAAGACUGCGCCAUCUGGGCCAAUGAUAUACAGCUGAUUGGAGCGCAUGUCAAUGGACUCGAUGCCGCUGUCUGGGAUAGUACGCGCUAUCAGUGCGUGCGCUGCGCACAGCCAGGCGCCAAUAUCUGCUGCUUUCAACGCGCCUGCAAGGCGGCCGCCCAUGUGCCCUGUGCGCGCGAUGCCAACUGGAGGCUGAGCGAAAAGAAUCGCCAGGUGUAUUGUGAGCUGCAUCAGCAUGAGACGAGUGCAAUACCAACGGCAAUACCAGCAAUGCCUUUGCCAGCGCCGCCGCAAGUGCAGAGCACUGUGCCAACGGCACAGCCAGCACCGCUGCCACCGCCUCUCCAAGUGCACCUGCUUCCCUGAGUACGCGUGCGCAUUAUGAAAUGCCGUAUGGGAGUCGUCGAGCGUUGACCGUCGCAUCCUGUAAUCCUGUUCCCAUAGGUGUUCACAUACAAUUUUGUGGUUGUUCAAAUUUGUACAUAAGUUUAAGAGACGGAGAGAGCGAGAGCAGCAGCCAAGCGACUUUGUUAAAGAGCAUGCAUGUAAAAAGUUCAUUUAAGACACUUUCUCCAUACUGUUUUUGAAACUAAACUUUUAUCUGUAAUUCUGAUUUUUGUUUAUGUAUAAAUCGCUGUACAUUUGAACGAGU